CAUCACCUCUUCUCGUGAAACGCCAGUGUUGGUCGCGUGUUUCCCAACCAAUGUCUUCUUCGUUCGCGAGCUUCAACCCACGGACGGCGGGGAGGCAACACUUGUAACGGCCACAAGCAGCAUCCAUCCGGCGGCGCCUGCACGCGACGACGAUUCGAGCUUCGACGAACGGUACCCAAAAACCAAACCCAAGUAGCCUCUUCGACGAUUCCCACCUCGAGAGUCCUACGCCGUUUCACGACUUCAGCGACUUCGUUUCUUCAACCCACGCGGUCCAAACACCAGCGUUUUUCUCUCUUUCCUCAGGGGCCUUCCGGAUUGCUGUAGGAGCACUUUAUUUAAGUGGGAUUCUAUUUGAAGGGUCUGUUUGCUGAUUGAUAGCUUGAUGCGGUUUCAGGGGCAUUGCUCCCAAACCCACGCCUUAGACCUCGGCUCGCUGACCGGACAACGAGAUCCCGUACUUGGUUGUUCGAAGCGCCACAUAACAAAUUCAAGGCACUCCAACAGUUAUUGAUUAUCAGCCAUGCCAGUCAGUGAGCUUCGGUUUUCGUCUCAGUCUCCAACGACGGUGGUGGAGUCUACUAUGAACAACGAUGAGACAUGGCUAUGGGGGCAGAUUAAAGCAGAGGCACGGCGAGACGCCGAGUCAGAGCCUGCAUUGGCUAGCUAUCUUUACUCGACGAUUUUGUCGCAUUCAUCGCUCGAGAGAUCACUUUCGUUUCAUUUGGGGAACAAACUUUGCUCCUCCACACUUCUUUCUACUCUCCUUUAUGAUCUUUUCCUCAACGCUUUCUCCACUGAUUACUGUCUACGAUCAGCCGCUGUCGCUGAUUUGCGAGCGGCUCGUGAACGCGACCCAGCUUGUGUUUCAUUCUCACAUUGCCUCCUCAAUUACAAAGGAUUCUUAGCCUGCCAGGCCCAUCGUGUGGCUCACAAGCUGUGGAAUCAAUCACGUAGGCCACUAGCACUGGCACUUCAAUCUCGCAUUGCUGAUGUCUUUGCCGUCGACAUUCACCCCGCAGCAAGAAUUGGGAAAGGCAUUCUGUUCGAUCAUGCUACUGGUGUAGUGGUGGGUGAGACGGCAGUGAUAGGCAACAAUGUCUCAAUUCUUCAUCAUGUCACUCUUGGAGGAACAGGAAAGAUGUGCGGAGACAGGCAUCCAAAGAUUGGGGAUGGAGUUUUAAUUGGCGCUGGAGCCACCAUUCUCGGCAAUGUGAAGAUUGGAGAAGGAGCUAAAAUCGGGGCAGGAUCGGUGGUGCUAAUUGAUGUGCCACCACGAACGACUGCUGUGGGCAAUCCCGCAAGACUGGUGGGGGGAAAGGAGAAGCCAUCACAGCUUGAGGAUAUUCCUGGAGAGUCCAUGGACCAUACUUCUUUCAUAUCCGAAUGGUCAGAUUACAUAAUUUGAUAGCAUUUUAUACAAUGAGUGUUCUACGUUUUCAUCUAUCUGGCAUUGCAAUGGUGGAUUUUACUUUCCAUUAUGCCCUUGUCAUUACAGUAGCCAUUAGAGCAGGAUACGAUACAUCAACAAUCUUUUUGGUUUCCCCUGUAGUAUAUUCACACACUUCUGCCACUGCUUUCCAGACUCAACUUUUUGGCAAAUAAAUAAAAUGCAGUAACUUCAAAACUA